CCAUUGGCUUUUCAAAUAAAAGGAUAAAACUUGAAGAUAACACAACAAAAUUUCUAGGAGAACUCUUGCAUCCUUUUGAUGAAGAAAUUAAUUCAUUUUCAUGUCCUUUUUAUGCUCCUAGAUUAUGUUCUAUUGUUAGUAAUGUUAUGGGCAAGUCCUUUAGAGAACAGGUUGGUGGAGAAGCACAUACUUCAGAUACUAUCAAUGAUCACAUGAUGGAUGUAAUUGAUCUUGUCCAAGAGUAUGCUCUUGGUUGUAGUAACUUGGAUUGGAACCGUAACAAGGUGAUUAAUCCUAUGACUACCAACACAGAAAAAAAGAGGGUUCAACCAGAUGUCACAGUCUAUUAUAAUAGAGUGCUUACAAUGAUGGGUGAGGAGAAAGAUGUUUAUUAUCGAUUGGAAGAUGCAGAAAAAGAUUUAGAUGAAUACUUUGAUUUUUGGAAUCCACUUGCCUUUGGUAGAUUACCCUUUGUCGUGGCUUUUGCAGCAGCUGGCACAAAAUUACAAUUUUAUUAUUAUUAUGCAGACAACAUAGGCAAUAAACCAGUACAUGUAAAAAUUGAUUUUCACAAAGAAUUUUAUGAUAAUAUUUAUCCACACUUAGGACAAUACAAAAAACUUAAUUACAGAACUACUAGAAAUUUGGUACAUUUAGAAUUGGCACCAGUUGGAUAUGAAAAAAUUCCUACAAAUGAGGGUGAAUUGAAAAUUGCCAUAUUUGAUAUACUUGAAAUUGUAAAAAGGCUUCAUGAAAUGAAAGUUGUCCACUGGGACAUUCGCUGGGAAAACAUUAUAAGACUUAUAAAUGAUAGAUGGAUAUUGAUUGACUUUGAGGAAUUAAACAUUAUUGACAAAAUAAUUAUUGCAAUUAUUGUUUAUAGACUUGCAUUAAAUACUGCAGCUCCAGAAUAUAUAGAUGGAGAAGAUUCAUGCCAAACAGCAAAUGAUAUCUGGAUGAUUGGAAACCUUUUUUCUAAAGUUACUUUUUCACUUUCUUUCUCUGCCAGAAAUUUUUGGAAUAAAUUGACAAAUCAAAAUCCUUGUGAUCGAUUAACUGCAGAUGAUGCUUUGAAAGAUGACUGGUUAAAAGGAAUAGAAAGAUAA